AAUUGAAAGCCUCCCCUUUCUUUUUCCCUCCUUCUCACCCUCUUCCUGCUUCAUUUGCUUCCACUCUAGGAAUUAACAGCCUAUAAAUACCUCAAAUGUUCAACUCCUUUUGUCACACACACCCUCUUCUCCUUCUUCUUCUUCUUUGUGUUAUCCUUCACACACCUAUUACAAGUCAAGCCACUCAACUCACACUAACAUAAAAACAUGGAACUAAGCACCAUGUUUUUCCUGUGUGCUUCUCUUCUCUUCAUUGUUCUCUUCUUCAGGACACUCAUCAAACCUUACUAUGUCUCCAAACGCCGUGACUUGCCACUCCCACCUGGCUCCAUGGGUUGGCCUUACAUAGGAGAAACCUUUCAAAUGUAUUCUCAAGACCCAAAUGUCUUCUUUGCCUCAAAAAUAAAAAGGUUUGGCUCUAUGUUUAAGUCCCACAUUCUAGGUUGUCCCUGCGUGAUGAUUUCCAGCCCCGAGGCUGCCAAGUUUGUGCUGAACAAAGCUCAACUCUUCAAGCCAACAUUCCCAGCAAGCAAAGAGAGGAUGUUGGGAAAACAAGCUAUCUUCUUUCACCAAGGAGAGUACCAUGCUAACUUGAGAAGGCUUGUUCUUCGCACCUUCAUGCCAGAAGCCAUCAAAAACAUCGUACCGGACAUUGAAUCCAUUGCCCAAGAUUGCUUAAAGUCUUGGGAAGGCCGUUUGAUCACCACUUUCCUUGAAAUGAAAACGUUCACCUUCAACGUUGCUCUGCUUUCAAUUUUCGGAAAAGAAGAGAUUCUGUACAGAGAUGCUCUGAAACGGUGCUACUACACUCUGGAGCAAGGGUAUAACUCAAUGCCAAUUAACGUUCCGGGAACACUGUUCCACAAGGCGAUGAAGGCAAGGAAGGAGCUUGCACAAAUCGUGGCCCAAAUAAUCUGGAGCAGGAGGCAGAGGAAGAUGAUUGAUUACAAGGACUUGUUGGGUUCAUUCAUGGAUGAGAAAUCAGGGCUCACCGACGACCAGAUAGCGGAUAAUGUUAUUGGCGUCAUUUUCGCAGCUCGUGACACCACCGCCAGUGUGCUGACGUGGAUCGUCAAGUACCUCGGUGAAAACCCCAGUGUCCUAGAAGCUGUUAAUGAGGAGCAAGAGUGCAUAUUGAAGAGCAAGGAAGAAAGGGGAGAAGAUAAGGGUCUAAAUUGGGAAGAUGCCAAAAAGAUGCCAAUAACUUCAAGGGUCAUUCAGGAGACUCUAAGAGUUGCUUCAAUUUUGUCUUUUACUUUCAGAGAAGCAGUAGAGGAUGUAGAAUAUCAAGGGUAUCUUAUUCCAAAAGGGUGGAAAGUGCUACCUCUAUUUAGGAACAUACACCACAGUCCAGACAACUUCAAGGAGCCAGAAAAAUUUGAUCCCUCAAGAUUUGAGGCUGCUCCAAAACCCAACACUUUUAUGCCAUUUGGCAGUGGGAUCCACAUGUGUCCAGGGAACGAAUUAGCCAAGUUGGAGAUUUUGGUCCUCCUACAUCAUCUGACCACAAAGUACAGGUGGUCUGUUGUGGGUGCAAAGAAUGGGAUUCAAUACGGCCCUUUUGCUCUUCCCCAAAACGGCUUACCCAUCACAUUAUUUCCCAAGAACAAGUAGAUAUCACUCAAACAAUGGCUUCAUAGUAGCUUUCUAAAUAUGGAAAGAAUUGCUUCAUAGCUCUCAAAAUUGGUUUCCAUAUUGCAAUUGGAUAACCAAACAAGGGAGAUCAACUUUUCCCUUCUUUUUGGCCAAGAGAAACCCAAAGGGGUAGUCUUGACAAUAGCAUACAAACAGGAAGAAUGUCAAGUGUAUAUAGAGGAGGAGGUUUCACAGCCUGAGCAAAUAGUAUUAAGUUCUUUUCAUUUUCUUAUUUUUUUUAUCCUUCAAAUGUGAAGAAAAGUCCUCAUAAGAUUGUAUUGAUGCAUUCAACUAAUUAGUUCUGUAUCCAUAAGAAUGCCGCAAGGCCAAAAUAAAAGUUAAAUUUUGGUUCUGAGAAAAA